GCGGCAUUUCGCUAGUUUGUUUUGCAUCGUUCAAUUGGUUAGAUUACCUUGUUUGUCGCAGUAGUGCGCGUAUAUUAAGUUGAUGUCUGCGGGAAUAUUAAAUACAUCGCCUUUGAAAAUAUUAUGUGGAAUUCGAUAGUAUUUUUGCAUAUGAAACUUAAAUAGUCCAAUUUAUGCAAUUGUAUAAAACAAGAGAAUUAAUUAUGGUGAGUUAAUAAAUCCAAUUGGAAUUUUAGUUUAAAACGAAAUAGGCUCAGUUAAAAAAUGCAAGCAAUAACGGUAUAAACUAAAGAAGUUUGAAAAUAGAAAUAAGUUAAAAAGAAACUUAUUGCAAAGUAGCAUGUUGUGUGUAUUAUGGAUUUUGAGCUUUAUUGGCAAUCAAUUUUUCAACAACAAUUAAGAAAUUAUAGUAACUGUGUUAGAGAAAAUGCAUAUUUGCAUUUUCAUUAUUUGUUUUUCAACUAAAAAGUAUAAAAACAUUAAAAUGCAAAUGAUGAUUCUUAGUUAUAGUGAUUGAAAAGAACCAAAGCAGUGCCAUAUGUACAUACAUAUGAAUAUAUAUAUGCAAUAUUUCACUCGUCCAUACUGAUUAUAUGGAAUCCUUGUGAUGAACUUAUGUUCUACCAAAAUACGCUACUAAACUAUUUGUUUCUCAUUUAGUAUAUAAUUAUAAUUACUUCCGGAUUUUUUAUGUGAAAGUGUUUUGUAAAAUGAACGUAAUAUACUCGUUAAAUGGUAAAGGCAAUAUUAGUGAUUUACCUUAAAAAUGUAAUAUAUGAAUACAUGAACGAUGCAAAAUUAAAAGUUCGCUUAUUAAUACUAGCAUCAGAGCGGAAUACUUGCUAAUUAAAUAUAAACCUACCUGAAACAUCUUCACACGUGUUCGAUGUGGAUCUUAUGCGCUUUCGCGGUGUUUUUGUUUACAUUUGCUAGCUAGUGCGCGAUUGUGAUUUCAAGUAAAUUUUCAGUAAUGCCCCACAUUUAUAGUGUGUCAAAUAAUUUUUGACAGCAUGCCAGUAUUUUGUAAGGGAGGCGAUAGAUCAAAUGUGCUAUUUUUAUCGAGACCUAAUUAAAAAAGCCGGUGUGCUUAUAAUAAAUAGAAAAUAAGUGUCACGCUAAAAACAAAUUACUUAAUCAAAUUAAUCAAGUGACUAACGAAUUUCAAUCAAGUCAAGACAACCUACAUACUUGUAUAUAAUAUAAUAUAUAUUUUUGAAAGCAUCCGCUUACUACGAAACCGUAUUUGUGUUGUUUUACUAAGCCGUAUUUGCGAUGUGUGUGUUUGCUUUUGUCACAAUUGAUCGCAUUUUUAAUUGCAGCCAUAACUUGCCAACAUAAAUUCAAUUAAACUUACUAAUUGUUCCGUUCGCUGAACAUUUGUUGAAGUGAAUAUGUAUGAGCUAGACGAAAGAUAAUUGGAAGUGUCACGCUACUUUAUGAAAAAGGUCAAUUACAAAUAAAAAAAAAUCUACAUACCUAACUACAUAUGUACAUAUGUUAUUGUUUGAACAUUUGUGUUUAGCUGGUGCAAAUUUUGUGAAAAUUGAAAAAAAGUAAAGUGCCUAAAAAAUGUAUGCGAAACGCCCACCUAUCAAAGAGUUCCAUCUCAAACGUAAAGUAAAAUACUGGCGGGAGCCGAAUUUAGUGGGCCUGCCUUGUGUUGUGGGUAAAAAAUGUGUUGAUAUAGGUACUCCAAUGUAUGUGACAUUUUUUAUAUUGCUUUGCGCCAGUCGUUUCGAUCUUGCCAAAGCGCGGGCGGCAAAUACGUACCCUGUUGCCGCAACAGAUAUAGGCACGACGCUUACAGCAACAACUUCACAUGCGAAUCACAAGCAACAUCAUCGUAGUACACUGCAAUAUGCACACAACAAUUUCACCUAUCUGCAAGAAAGAAGUGCUGCGGAUUUUAUUGCGGAGAAGGGUGACGCUAGUGCUGGUAACAGUAUGCCAGAUGUUGCGGUAACUUUGCCGGCGCGUUCACCAGAUGCCAGAACAAAUGCAGGUUGUCCACCCACAACGAGUUCACAUUGUUUGCGCUGCAACAGCGAGGGUUGCAUCAAAUGUCCCGCCUAUCUAAUGACCGACACACGUCAGUGUGUAGAGCUAUGUCCUUCCGGUUACAUCGACCAAUGGUCGGCACAUACCGAAUUUAUGGGACGCGUCUGCGUUUCCACCGGUUAUUCGGGUCCGCUCAUGGCCGCUAUUGCAGGACUAAUCGGGGGAUUUGUGGUUUGUCUCACGCUAUUAGCUGUCGCGAUGAUGUUGAUGCGACGUCGACGUAGACGUAAAUCGAUCAAACAGAAACUGAUCAACGAGAAUAUUAUGGAUCGUUCCGAUUUUCUGCGACAACUCAACGAAAUGCGACCGAAUGCAGAAUAUUUCCUAGCGAUGCUCAACGAUACGCGACGUCAAAUACGCAAGCUGUAUUUGUCGGGCGAGGUGGGCGCAGCUAAUUCCUAUCGACCGAUAGUACGCGAUCUUGCCAAAAUACUGAUACUGCUGAAUCGUCCAAUCGAAUUGAUACCGGCGGCGCCGCACGACUGGAAUCGUUUGUACACAUGGUCCGAACAAGCAUUAGAGCGUUACAAGCCGCAAGUAGGUCAUUUGAUUGAUUUCUUUCAGCCCUCCGGUGGCGGUCGUGGCAGCAGCAGUGUUGGCAUUAGCGAUGACUUCGAUGCAACGUUCUUCCCACAGAAGAAUAACGUCUAUAGGCAGAGCAUGUUGGCGGGCUCGGGUCAACAAAAGUUGCACAUGUUCGGCUCGCUCAUCAGCUUGCAUGAAUUUGAGGAGCCACGCCCGUCCGAUCCCUUCGGCAGCAGUUUCAACACGCUCAAGAGUGGCAAUCUGAUAUCGGAUCUCAAUGCGAGUUCGUUAUGGCUGGAAGACGAAUUCUACAAAUUGGGCUUUCGACCGCAGGACGAAAUCACGACUGAGUUAUAAUGUCUGCUGUGUGUUUUGUUUGUUUCGUUUCUCAUAUGCUAUUGUGUUAGUUUUGUUUUAAUUAUUUUAAAUGGAUUAGCGUAUAUACUUUAAUUUAUAUUAUAAAAUAUAAUUUUAAUUGAAAAGUAUUAUUUUUUUUGUAUAAACGAUUAUAUGCUUAAAAUCUACAGAAUACAUUGUGUACAUGCUAAGUAUACACAUACACUUUUUAACCACAAAUAUUUACAAACAAUUUUUACAAUUCACUAAAUGUCACAAAUACAUAUUUAUACCAGUAUGCAAUCAUGUAAAACGCACAAAGUUAUUGCACAAGCAUGGAUCUAUUGUCUGUUUUAUAGAGUAGUUUGUCAAAAAAUAAUUAAAAUUAAUAACGGUAAAGUUAUAAUUAAAAGAAAGCACCAACGAACAAAUAAAAAAUAAAAAUCGCCGCCCAGUUACCGCCAAGCAGCGACUGUGCACACACAUACUUUGCUUCCACGAG